UUCUGCCCUGAAGGUCACUACAACACACUUUCCAGACUCCUCCUUAGAUCUCCCGAAUCAAGUCUGAAAAUCAUGCUCCACGAUCCUCUAGUCCCAUAAUAUUGGUAAAUAUGCGUUGAUUGGGAGCAGCAUGUCAGCUUGGUGGAAUAGUCCGUAUGACGAUCUCCCUGACUGUGAUCUUGGUCGAGUGUACCGGAGACAUUCGAUUCGGCCUUCCUAUUAUGAUGGUGCUCAUUAUAGCCAAAUGGACUGGUGAUUUCUUCAAUCAGGGUCUUUAUGAUAUGCAUAUUCAGCUGUUGGGUAUUCCAAUAUUGCCAUGGGACCCACCAGAGCUGUCUUCAAACAUUACUUCUGAAAAAAUCAUGAGUAUGCCCGUGGUAGCAUUCCAGGAGACGGAGUUGGUGGGGAAUAUCCUUGAUACACUGUUGGAGGUCACACAUAAUGGUUUCCCAGUUGUACAGGUCAUACAGUCAGAUAUAAGUGAUGAAAGUUACGGGAAGUUGUAAGGUUUUAUUCUGCACUCACAGCUGACCUUCCUGCUCAAGAAAAGAGCGUUCACUAAUCACGAGGGUGAAUGCUUCCUCAAGAAGGAGUUGAAGCCACAGAACUUCAGGGACGAUUAUCCCAGACAUACAAAACUUAGCGAUAUCACUAUAAAAGAGGAGGAACGUGACUACACAAUUGAUUUGACACCUACAUGAAUCCUGUGCCUUACACAGCCAGAGAGAACGUUUCGCUACCAAGAAUAAUCAAGUUGUUCCGAGGUCUUGGCCUCCGCCAUCUUGUGGUUGUGGAUGAAGACAAUGAAGUCGUCAGAAUCGUCAGUCGGAAAGACUUGGCACGUUAUCGGCAGAUCACGCGCCGUCUUGGACAAGAAGUUGACAAAUUAGAUAUCAUCGACUCCUAGCUUCUUCACGAAAACAGGGAUUUUAGUUGUCUGGUGGUCAUUUCCUAAAGGCUGCCAUGGAUCAUUGGGGAAGCAGUGUGCAGUGCUUAGUUCAUAGUCUCAUACAUAGGGGGCAGUAUCAGAAUCUCAAAGAUUCUCUGCACCUGAACGAGUGUCCGUACCAGGGCAGGUUAAGAAUCUAACAUAGGGAGUAAAUGUGUAACUUGAAGUUACAUGUAGACCACAUACACAUCGGAUGUGUACUUAACACAUAAGAUAAGUACUGAUGAAUUGUAUAGAAGUAGGGUGUAUAUUGUCUACAGAUACACAUUUACAAAAUAUUGUUUACAGUUAAAAAGGUGUAUUCCUGUUUCGCCUAUUCCUGUUCCGCCUAUUCCUGUUUCGCCUAUUCCUGUUUCGCCUAAUUCCUGUUUCGCCUAAUUCCUGUUUCGCCUAUUCCUGUUUCGCCUAAUUCCUGUUUCGCCUAUUCCUGUUUCGCCUAUUCAAAUGUAUUGCUAACCUCCCCACAGACGUAGGAAUAUGAACCGUCCCUGACUGACCGACCAAACCCGAGGAGAGCCACAUAUGUACGCAUUGACGAACGCAUGUUACGCCUCAAAGAACAAUACGUCAAUGGAGAGAGGGACAUAAUGAGUU